UUUUUAGAAUUUGACACAAGCGAGGAUCCCAAAGAUGAGAACUAUUGUGGACCGCGUCCGUUUUCCGAACCAGAAUCUAGACUACUGGCGGACUUCAUAACUGAAAGGAAACAAAACCUACGAUUUUAUUUUUCUUUUCAUGCCUAUGGACAAAAGUUUAUAAUACCUUUUUCGGAUAGAAUAAAUCAUAUCGACAAUUACAAUGAAAUGGAGAAUUUCGGUAAACAGGCAAUAUUGAACAUAUACAAUUUGUACGGUACAAAAUACGGUAUCGGAACAACUUAUGACACUUUGGGACUACGUAUUUCCGGCAACAGUGCCAGUUGGGUGAAGAAAACACUCGGCGUUAGGUACGUUUUCACUUUUCUUCUUCGAGACAAUGGGCAUUAUGGCUUCGCGCUUCCCCCAAGCCAGAUCAUGCCGACGUGCGAAGAAACCGUCUCCGGUCUAACAGAAUUAAUGCUCGCCAAACCCAGAAAAAUCAGAUUAAAUCUUUUCAAUAAGGCUCAGAAGCUAACAUCAGUUAUCUUAAUUUUAUUUGGCAGUAUUUUUUUUAGUUUACUUUUAAAAUAA